CUGCCCUCACAUAGUGGUCAGUACUGUAUAUAUAACGGCUGACGGCUCUUUCGUGUGUCCACUACGCACUGGGAUACUUUGGAUGUUGCUGCUCUAAUACAAUUUGCGCGCGCGCCGCCCCCACAGUCGAACUGUUUGCUCGCUUAAAGCCACGCGGAAACUGCCUUGGACUAAAAGGAGAACCUCCGGCAGGUGUGGUGUUGCAACCUCCGCAUCGUUAAGUAGACAGACGCUCCUGCAAUAACGUACAGAUACGUCAGAGUCAUUCUGCUACGUGGAACUACAGAUUGUUGCUGUUCAAAGCAGUAAACUCGAAGGAUGGCAUCUGUGUUGGCUGGCCAGAGAGGUACCAUCAAGGAUUUCCCAAGCUUCAAUGCAGAAGCAGAUGCCAAAGAAUUGAACAAUGCAAUUAAAGGCUUGGGAACAAAUGAGAAAGUUUUAAUUGAUAUUAUUACGAAAAGAAGCAAUUCUCAGCGCCAGUUAAUCUGCAGAGCAUAUGAAAAAGCAUAUAAACGGACUUUAAUUGAUGACUUGGAUGGAGACCUUUCUGGAGAAUUUAAGAAUAUUAUGAUUGGUUUGGUGAUGAGCCCAGCUGCCUUUGAUGCCAAACAGAUAAGAGAUGCUAUUAAAGGUGUUGGCACCAAAGAAAGCACUUUGAUUGAAAUCUUUGCCUCCAGAAACAAUAAACAGAUAAAAGAUCUGAUUCAAGCUUACCAGAAAGAAUACCAGGAAAGUCUUACUGAUAAUCUGUCUUCUGACGUUUCUGGAGACUUCCUUCGUGCACUCCUUAUUUUGUUACAGGCCAAAAGGGAUGAAAGUGUUAACAUCAAUGAUCACCAAGCAAAAAGUGAUGCUCAGGCUCUCUAUAAUGCUGGAGAAAAGAGGUGGGGUACAGAUGAAGAUAAAUUUUUUGAAAUUUUGUUUGAGAGGAACAUACCUCACUUGAAGAAAACUUUUGAAGAGUACAAGAUUAUCAGCAAUAAGACAAUUGAAGAAAGUAUAAAAGGAGAAUUCUCUUCUGAUGUUGAGGACCUUCUUCUUGUAGUUGUGGCAUGCAUCAGAAACACUCCUGCAUUCUUUGCUGUACGACUGCAUAAAAGCAUGAAAGGUGCUGGCACAAAUGAGACCACUCUUACCAGGGUAAUGGUUUCCAGGUCUGAGAUUGAUUUGCUUGACAUUCGCACUGAAUACAAAAAAUUAAAUGGCCACUCAUUGUAUUCUACAAUCAAGUCUGAUACUUCAGGAGACUAUGGUGAGACUUUACUGAAGAUUUGUGGUGGUGAAGAUUAAUGUUUUCAAACCAACAAUAAGUGAAGGAAAUUCAUUUCAGGACCGUGGAUUGUAUUCUUGUCUGUUAUCACUACAUGCUAAUACGUAAAUUUUAGCAACUGCAUUAUCAUCAUUAAAUGUUUGCAGUGUAUGUAAUCAGUCUUUUCUUUUAAACUUUUUAACUGGGGAGAUCAAGAAUAUGAAAUUAUACUAUCGGUCAAAGGGGCAAUUGAAAUAUGAAGUCUCAGUUUGCUUAGAAAUAUUGCAAAAAACACAGUUGUUCCUUAUGAUGUAAAACUAAAGAUUCAAGUUCGUGUUUAUUUGCUUCUUCGAAACUUGCAGUUACCGUCACUUCAAUAUCCUCUGGUUUCUGAGAUUUCUUCGAAUGGACAGUUUUACUCGAGAAAAAUAUAUUUAUUUUGUUUUAUAUGACUACUAAAAAGGUCUGCCAGCACUAACUUUAAUUCUGUCAGAAAAAAGUAAGAGGAUUUUAUGAUGAAGUCAGUGAGUAUUACUAUGAGAAGGAAUGUUUGAGAACAGGAAAGUUAAAAACAGUGGCAGAGAAUGUUCAUUAGACUAGAGCAUGUAGGUUGUGCAUGAGUUGACUCCCAUUGAAAAAGGAUGUGCCAGAAAGAAAGAAUUUAAAGAAGUUUUAGGUUGUGCUUAACUCUAACAAAACUAUUAUUCUUGUGUCAACAUUAAUGCUUUGCUGCUAAUGCUUAAAUGAGAUUGCUGUACGCCCCUUCUUUAGUGCUGUAUGACAUUCCCAUAGCUUUUGAUUCACAUUUAUUUUGUUGAGCUCCUAUUCAGAUGUACAAAUCUGCAUACAUUCUUAUUUUAGUGUUUCAUGUUUCACCCAAAAUGACUGCACUUUUUUAUAUUUUUAGGAAGUUUUUAAUUAAAUACAUUAACAUUGCCAAUACCUAGACCAAAUAAUACCACAAAUGUAUUUUAUCUAUUCUGAGAUGUUUUGUUGCAGGUAUUAAGAGUCACAAUGCAGAAUGAUGCGUACAUUAUAUUUUUACCUUGUAAAAAAAAAAAUAAAUUGUAACAGCAUUUUCUCUUACUUUUGUGACUGUUUACCAGAAACAGACAUUUGUUUAAAUUGAUUUAAUUGUCAAGGAUGCCAGGAAUCCAUGAUAAAUUUUAAAACAGUUUAUAUGCCUAUCAUAUUGCAA